GUCAAGGGGGAGCCGAGAUGACUUGUGGUUUUCUCUGCGAGGCAUGAAGCUCGACAGCGGGGACCCUGAGACCGGAGAUCUCUUUGGCCUCUCCCCUUCGUCCUUGCAAAGGUGAGAAGACUGAGGCCGGGAGGAGAUGGAGGUCCCGGACAGCGAGGCGAGGCCCCGCGAGGGGGUCAUCCGAGACCUGCUGUGGGAAGCCCUGGAGGACCUCAAGCAGGACGAGUUCAAGAAAUUCGGACACAAGCUGGUGACCAUCAACCACGAGGGCCGGAAGAACAUCCCGCGGGGGCGGCUGGAGAACGUGGACCUCGGGGACAUGGUGGACGCGCUGGUCCAGUUCUACGACGGCGACGUGGCCCUGGACGUCACCCGCAAGGUCCUGAAGAAGAUGGACAUGAAGGCGGCCGCCACCAAGCUCAAGGAGAAGCGGCGGAGAGGUGACGAUCCCCCGGGGCCCUCGGAUUUCCCCGGACCUGGGCUAGAGGGACGAGCUGGGGCCCCCAACCUGAAGUCGCAGGUCACCGUGGCAGGUAAGGGCCUCGCCCCCGGGCUCGGGGAGACGGAAGGCUUCGCGGAGGAGGCAGCUCGGCCAGUACCGGCAGCCAGUACCGGUGACCACAUCCUGGCGGGAGCACGAGAAGGUGAGGAGAGGAACGCGCGCUCCGUGGAAGAUCAGCAAGCGCUAACGAAGUCUCCUGAUCUCGCCCGAGGGGCGGCCGCCGACGAGGAGAGAGGACGGAGACCCCUGGGGGGAGGCGGCGGCGGCCGGACCCGGUCCGGGCCCCGACGCUCGGACGCCAACACCUUCAACGAGCUGUUCCACAAGGACGAGGACGGCCGGCGGCCGGGCACCGUGGUGCUGCGGGGCCCCGCGGGCAUCGGCAAGACCAUGACCGGCCGGAAGAUCAUGUACGACUGGGCCGCGGGCAAGCUGUACCACGGCCAGUUCGACUUCGCCUUCUACGUCGACUGCAGGGAGGCGGCCGCGGGGGAGGAGGAGCGCUCGCUGGCCGACCUGGUGCUGGGCCUCUGCCCCGACCGGCGGGCGCCCGUGAAGGCCAUGCUGGACGCGCCGGCCCGGCUCCUCUUCGUCGUCGACGGAGGACGAGCUGCCCGCCCUGCCGAGGCGGCGGGCGGGCUGUGCUCCGACCCCUUCGAGAAGGCGGCGGCCGUCCUCCUCCGCAGCCUACUGCGGAGCAGGACCGUCCUCCCGGGGGCAAGCCUGCUGGUCACCACCAGGCCCGCGGCCCCCGAGCGGCUGCGGGCCUGCCUGCGUUCGCCCCGCUGCGCCGAGAUCUGGGGCUUCUCCGACAGGGACAAGAAGAAGUACUUCUUCAGGUUCUUCAAGGACGAGGGGCAGGCGCGCCGGGCCUACAGGUUCGUCAAGGAGAACGAGACCCUGUUGGCCAUGUGCUCCGUGCCCUUCGUCUGCUGGAUCGUCUGCUCGGUGCUCAGGCGGCAGACGGAGAGCGGCCACGACCCGGCCCGCGCGUCCAAGACGACGACGGCCAUCUACCUGCUCUUCGUCACCAGCCUGCUGGACGGCUGCGACGCCGAGGCCCGGGCCCGGGGCCGGGCCGACCUCCGCCGGCUGUGCCGCCUGGCGCGCCAAGGCGUCUGGGAGGACAGGGGGCGGUUCGGGCCGGAGGACCUGCGGCGCCACUCCCUGACCGGCUCCGUCAUCCCCACCCUGUUCCUCAGGGUGCUGACGGUGCAGCGGGACCUCCGGUCCGAGGUGGUCUACCAGUUCAUCGACCAGAGCUUCCAGGACUUCUUCACCGCCCUCUCCUACUUGCUGGUCGACGCCGGGGAGGCGGAGCGCGUGCUGGGCUGCGCCGGGGCGCGCGCCGUGCGGCCCGCCGUGCUCGCCUGGCUGGAGCGGGAAGGGCGGGAGGCCGGACGGCAGGGGGCGCUGCCGUCCCCCGCCGAGCACCUGCCGCCCGCCGAGCACGUGCCGCCCGCCGAGCACGUGCCGCCCCGCCACGUGCUUCCCUCCGAGCACGUGCGGCUGGCCGAGGCGGUGGGGGACGAGGACCCGGAGGAGGAGGAGGAGGAGGAGGAGGAGGAGCAGGAGCAGCUGGAGCUGCUGUACCGCCUGUACGAGAGCCAGGACUGGGAGCUGACGCGUCGGGGCCUGGCGGCCCGGGGCUCGGUGCGUGUGGUGGGCGUGGGGUUGGGGCGCCUGGACCAGGCCGUGCUGGCCUUCUGCCUGCGGAGCGCGCCCCCCGGCCUGGCGCUCCAACUCCACCGCUGCGCCUUCGCCGGCGCCGCCGACCAGGCCCGGAAGGGACACCGAAGCUGGGCCGGGAAGCUCAGCCGCGGCCUCGCCUCCGGAGGUUCUCACCGCUCGGACAAGUUGAAGUCUCCCAAAAGGUCGUCCCUGUGGCCACUGUGUGAGGCCCUGGGAGACCCUCAGUGCAAACUGAAGACCCUGACGCUGUCCCACUGCAGACUGUCGGACGCCGAGUGCCGGGACCUGGCGGAGGCGCUGGCCAGCAGCCGGACGCUGACGGACCUGGAGUUGCUCGGCAACAAGUUGGGCGCGUUGGGCAUGAGGAAUCUGUGUCUGGGGCUCAGCCAGCCCCACUGCCCCGUCGAGACCAUCAGGCUGCAGCAGACCUCCUCCCGAGAGGCCUACCUGGAGCUGGUCAACGUGCUGUGGGUCAGCCCGCGUCUCCAGGCCCUGGACCUGGGCCACAGCACCCUGGACGGUCUCACGGUGGCCCGCCUGUGCCAUGGCCUCCGACACCCCAACUGCAGGAUCGCCUCGCUCAGCCUGCGGCAGUGCAGCCUCCUCCCGAACUCCUGGGCCGAGGUGGCCGCCAUCUUCGCCUCGACCACGACCCUGAGGGAGGUGGACCUGAGCGGAAAUCCUCUCGGGGCAGCGGAGAUCGGAACCCUCUGCGAGGGGCUCAGACGGCCCGACUGCAAAGUGAACAGACUGGACCUGAGCAGCGUGGAUCUCUGCGAAGAAGCCGUAAAAGGACUGGUGGCGCUGAGCAAGGCAAAGCCGGAGCUGGUCGUCGUCAACCCGGCGCUGAGCGCCCCCCCGGAAGCCAACAGUGAUACCUUCAGCAUGCUGUAGGGCAGACCGGAGGAGGGGGCCGGGGGGAGCGCGGGACCCGUUCUCCCCGUCGGCGGGCUGAACGGGGAAGCCAGGCAUUCAGCCGGGGCAGAGCGCGGCGGUGCCCCGGGAACCCCGGGGGCGGAAAUACACCCGAUCGCCGGUC